AUGACUUCUUCAACAUAUUUUUUGUCAUCUCAAUUGUGGCUUACCUUGUUCAUCGUUUUGAUCGCCGUUUUUCAGUUGGCUAUAGCAGCUGAUAGUGGAACUGAAGAUAAAAUCAAGAGAAUAUGUCGUCAGAUGGAAGAGUUUGAGUUUUGCAGCCAAACCUUCCAUCAGAAUUUGAAAGGUGGUUCAGCAGACUAUAUAGGACUAACUGAAAUAGCAAACAAUCAAGUGUAUACGAAGGCAUCCAGUACACUUGUUUACAUUGAACAACUUUUGAGAAGCGUAAGUGAUCCAACAACAAGGAAGGCGUUACUAGUGUGUGAAAAUGGAUAUUAUGCAGUAAAUGAAGCAUUUGUAGAAGGGAUCCGGUGGUUCUCACAAAAAUAUUACAAGGAAAUGUUGAAUGUUGAGAGGAGAGCACCAAGCGCACAAGCAAGUUGUACUUCGAUAUUCACCACUACACCACCACCCAAACAAAACCCACUUUUUCAAAUUAAUAGAGAGAUGAGAAUUCUCAUUGCUAUGGCUAUAGUAUCUGGCUCUAGCAUUAGUUAA